AUGAACGCCUCCUCCCUCCGCAUCUCCAAGUUCGAUGGAACUAACUUCCACGCCUGGAAGUUCAAGAUGCGGAUGGUGCUUGAGGAGCGGAACUUAUGGGAGGUCGUCAGCGGUGAGAUCAAGGCGGAACAGUGCGAGACUCAGUUGGACCAAGCGACGUACAAGAGGAAGUCAAGAAAGGCGAUGGCAGUGAUCUGUCUAGCCAUGGAAGAUUCCCAGCUACCGUUGGUCCGGUCGGCAAGUGGUGCAUGCGACGCAUGGUCAAGGUUGGAAGACCACUUCGAGAAGAAGAGUCUUGCCAACAAGCUGUUCUUGCGCCGUCGCUUCUUCACGACAAUGAUGGAAGAAGGCGACGAUGUGCUCGAACACAUCAACAAGCUCAAGACGCUGGCGGAACAGCUAGAAGCGGUGGGGGCUCCAGUCUGCGAGGACGAUCUGGUGAUCACACUUCUCGGCAGCCUGAGUGACUCGUAUCAAUUCUUGAUCACAGCUUUGGAGUCGCGCUCAGACACUCUUAGCUGGGAGCUCGUGACGUCUCGACUGCUUCAUGAAGAAAUGAAGCGGAAGGAGCAAGGAAGUAAAGGUGGUGAAGCUUCGCAAGGUCAAGCGUUCAUCACAAGGGACAAUCAGCGCAAAGGGCGACCAGUGAAGAAGUCCUGGCCGUGCCACAAUUGCGGAAAGAUUGGUCACUGGAUGGCGGAGUGCCCCUCGCGCAUCCAAAAAAAAAACACGGAGAGACACCGGCCACAGCGUGCUCAAGACAGCGGCGACCGCUAUCGAUCACAACGUGCAAACGUCGCUCAAGAAGAAGACUCGGGCGACUACCUCUUUUCGAUCGGUGAAACGACAUCUGCGAAAUCGAGCGACAUCUGGCUGGUCGACUCCGGGGCGACGCAGCACAUGACGUGCUCCAAGAAGUUCAUGCGGAACUACAAGGGGUUUGACGCUGUGGAUGUCCAUCGCGCGGAUGAUGGAAUCGUCCAAGCAAUCGGCAGUGGGGACAUUGUCAUGUCGAUGAAUGUUGUUGAUUGA